AUGCACAUCAAGAACAUCCUCCUCGCUGCCUUCAUGGCCAUCUCUGCCUCGGCAAUCUCAGUCAAUCCCCCUGUCAAUGCCACCGACAUCACCUCCGCUACCCAGGCUCGCCUGAAACCAGCUCGAUCUUGGCUUCAAACGCACUGCCACUAUGGUCAACCAUCUGAACGCCGGUACCAAUGGUGUCUCUGCCGACGUGAGUUCCAUAACGUCAUCUCCACGUUCACCUCAGCCGUCAACAGCGAGAGCGGAGACCUGAAGCACGAUCAGCCCACUAAGGCACUUGCAGAUACUAUCCAGGUUGCUCUUUUCCAGGCCUACCCCUCGCUUGCUAUUAUUGGCAUUGACAUGGAGGAUGCUUUCAUCGACGCCGCUGCCAAGUUCGACAAGGAUAGCCGCAAUGACUUGCAAGUUCUCUUGACCAACCUUAACGACGAGAACUCUCGCUUCUACAGCCCCAUCGUUAAGAAGGCUCUGCCUUGCUGCUUUGCCAGCGCUCAGGUUGAUCACAACGCUAUCUAUCAGACUGUUUACAACGCUGCCGUUGCUCUUGACCCCUCCAAGGUCGACGCCUAUAUCAGUUUCAAUUGA